AUGGAUCUGGAUGUGCUGAACUUGUUUGCCAUUGCCAUGGGGACGCUGGCUGUUCCCAUUCUACUUUUCAUGGCAUCCUUCAUGCUGUGGCCUUCAUCACUCAUCAAAGUUUAUUACUGGUACUGGAGGCGAACUCUCGGCCUGCAGGUGCGCUAUGCUGACUGUGGAGGAUAUCGUUUCUGUUACUCUUACAGAGGGAAGCCAGGCUUCAGGCCUUCGAUCCUUAUGCUCCAUGACUUCUCUGCACAUAAAGACACGUGGCUCUCUAUGGUGAAGUACCUGCCAAAGCAUCUGCACCUCCUGUGCGUGGACAUGCCAGGACAUGAGGGUACAACACGUACCAAUGUAGAAGACUACUCUAUCCAGGGACAGGUUAAGAGAAUACGGCAGUUUGUAGAAACUGUUCGACUGAACAGGAAGCCAUUCCACUUGGUGGGAACCUCAAUGGGUGGAAAUGUAGCAGGAGUGUAUGCGGCCUGCCAUCCCUCUGACCUCUGUAGUCUGACACUCAUCUGUCCAGCUGGUCUAAGGAACUCUUGCAAGACCAAGUUUGACAACCAGAUGCAUGAGCUGGAGAACAGCGAGUACACACUGAGCAUCCCUCUAAUCCCGUCUACCCCAGAGGAGAUGGAGGACAUGCUGAAGCUCUGCUCGCACGUACGCUUCAGAGUUCCCCAACAGAUUCUUCAGGGACUGGUGGAUGUACGGAUUCCACACAAUGACUUUUAUCACGAAGUUUUCAUGGAGAUUAUGAGGGAGAACUCUAAAUAUGCCUUACAUGAGCACAUGCACCUGAUAACUACACCUUUGCAAAUCAUCUGGGGGAAGCAAGACCAGGUAGUGGACGUGUCUGGGGCAUCGGUGCUUGCUGAGGCAGUGCCAGGCUGUCGUGUUGACCUGCUGGAGAAAUGUGGUCAUUCUGUAGUGAUGGAGCGGCCGCGACGCACUGCCAAACUCAUCUUAGAGUUCAUUAUCUCUCAGCAAAGUGUGGCGAGUGCCACCACCAAAAAGAAAUUCUGA